AUGUCUUCUGCCCUUCUUCCUUACAUUGAUUUCCUGCGCCCUUCUCUUCCACUUGGGCAGCAACAACUUCCCCCGCUGCCCCAGACACAAGGAGAUAUCGCGGCUUGUCUCGCGCUGGCUAUUGCGUUGGGAUUUUGGCUUCGCAAACCAUGGGAUCUGCCAGAUCCUUAUCAACAUGUGUACUAUGAGAAACCUCAGCUGAAGAAUGGAGGCGGCAGUGGCAGAACUGCCGAGACUCGAAACAUAGCAAAGAAGUUGGAAGAAAGCAGCAAAGACUUGGUUGUUUUCUGGGGCUCACAGUCAGGCACUGCAGAGGAGUUUGCAAACCGGCUGGCCCGCGAGUGCUAUAGCCGAUUUGGCCUCGACUCCAUGUCAGCAGACCUGUCGGAUUAUGAUCCUGAAUCUCUAUCGUCUAUCCCGGAGUCAAAAAUUGCUAUACUCAUCUUGUCUACCUAUGGAGAAGGAGACCCCAGCGACAAUGCUGCCGGCUUUUAUCGCUAUCUGCAACAUAAGCCUUCUCAAUCACUCGCCAACCUUCAGUAUGCUGCCUUCGGUCUUGGUAACAGCAACUACCAACACUACAACCGUGUAGUAGACGUGGUAGCUACUGCUAUCGACGGCCUUGGAGCUCGAGCACUCAUGCCUGUGACCAAAGCCGACGACGCCGACGGAAACACUGAAGAGCAGUUUCUGGCUUGGAAGGAAUCCGUCCUCCGGCUUCUACAGAAAAGGCUGGACCUUACCGAGAGAGAGCCAGUCUAUGAGCCCAAGUUGCAAGUGGAAGAGGACGAAUCUCUGGAUAUCAUUGAUUUGCAUUCAGGUGAACCUGUGUCAAGGGACGACAAUAAAUCCUCAAGUGCCGUGGUAUCAGCGCCUGUCAGUGACGCCAAGGAGCUGUUCCAAAACUCAUCCCGAAACUGCGUACACCUGGACGUUGACCUCUCCGCCCAUCCCAUCAUUUCGUAUAAGACGGGCGACCAUAUCGCUGUCUGGCCUGUGAACCCUGCAGAGGAGGUGGACAUCCUGCUCGGCCAGCUCGGUCUACGUGAUCGCCGCCAUAUUCCCAUCGGCAUCAAAUCUCUUGAUUCCACGAAGAAAGUCCCGGUCCCAACCCUGACUUCGACUGAGGCUUUGUUCAAGCACUAUUUGGAGAUCAGCGCCGCCGUAUCAGCAGACACCCUUGCGUCACUUCUACAAUUCGCUCCAUCUCCAACUGUCCGAUCGUUUCUGGGACGAUAUGUCAAAGACAGGCAAGCGUACAUCCAGCUCGCGGAAGAGAACCACCUCACGCUGGGACGUCUUCUGCGCAUGUCUGCUAUUAAAGGGGGCCUGUCCGAAGACGGCGCCUGGGCCAAUCUCCCGCUGUCAUUCGUCGUCGAAGUCCUCGGAGCCCUGCGACCCAGGUUGUAUUCGAUUUCCAGCAGCAGCAUGCUCGCACCACGGAAGCCCGCCAUCACAGCUCUUGUGGUCGAAAAGCCCCUGCGCAACCGUCCAGCAGAGUCAAUCCCAGGCUUAGCAUCCACCUACUUACACAAGGUAUCAGUAUCAUCAAGGAACGAACUAUGCCCUAGUCUUCAUGUGGCAAUUCGAAAAUCCAAGUUCCACCCGCCUGUCGCAACUAAAGACAUCAUCAUGAUUGGAGCGGGAACUGGAAUCGCACCCUUCCGCGCAUUCUUGCUGGAGCGCGCCCGUCUUCACGCCAUGUCGCGCCCUGUCGGACGCACGAUCCUCUUCUUUGGCUGCAGAGACCCCGAGGAGGAUUACAUAUAUAGAGAAGAGCUGGAGCAAGCUGUCGCCAACCUACCUGGGGCAGAGAUCGUCGCAGCCUUCUCAAGGAUCCAGUAUCCUGGGAAGACGGGAAGGGGCUAUGUGCAGGACGCUGUUGCCGCUCGCGGAAAGGAGCUCAGCAGGAUGAUUGCUCAGCAGGAGGCGCGGGUUUACGUGUGUGGACGGGCGGCCAUGUCGAGAGAGGUGGCAGCAGUGCUGAAGGAUGCCUUGAAAGCGAAUGAGGAUCUUGAAAUCGAGAAUCACGCCGAGUGGUGGACGAGCUGGAGGCGGAUGGGAGGGUUUUCGGAGGAUGUCUGGGGCUGA